GCAAACACAGGAACCAAACUUUAGUCGUCGAGGUGUUUGGAAAAAUAUCACAGCACUUGAGCGGGUGGAUACUCGAAGGAAGUUAUGGCCAAGACAAAGCGUCGACAAUUGGCUGCACUUGCUGCGAAGGCUGAUGGCAAGGGUCUCACUGGCACUGAGGAGAGAAUUGCGUCAUGCCAAGAGGCAGGCCCAUCAGGCACUAUUUCACACAAAAGCGAUCCCUUGGUUGAAUAUCGACCCCAGCGUCUGCUAAUCAAGAUACCUGCUUUGCCAUCGAAGCCCUCCGCCACUUCAGAGGUCCCCAAGAUCAUCAAGAGGCGCAAAAGAAAAGCUUCCGUUGCAGGCGAGGUAGUCUCGAAGUCUUUGCCAGCAGAUGGUCCAAAGAGGAGGAAGCGAAGGACUCGAUUAGAAAUGGAGCUGAACUACGAUCACGUCCCCGCAGACAAUGCGAAGAUAAGCAAAAGGAGAGCCAAAGGAAACUCGACUGUGAUUCCUAAGCAAGCUCCAGUGGAAGGAUCUAGGAUUAGGAAGAGGAGAGCAUCAGCGGGUCCGAAGAUAAACACUAAGCAUGUCCCGAUAGACGAAGCAAAAGGUAGCAAGAAGAGAGCUGCAUUGGACACAGGUCUGAAUAGCAAACAAAUUCCAGCAGAUGAGGCAAAGAUCAGCAAGGUUAUUUUGAAGUUAGGAAAAUGGAGAAGAGAGAAGAUGAUUGGAGAUGUGCGGUCCCCGGUAGCACAAGUACCCUCGGCUGGCAGGCAGUCCAGAACAAAAGUGACCUCACUACCACCAUCAAGAAAGAGAGUGAAGGUGCAACAAGUGCCCAUCAAGUCACCAGCAGAAACCAGUCCUAGGGAAGUGGCCAGCAGACAUUCGGGUCACACACCAACGGAAAACGGAGAUACCACACUUCUUGUUGCUUUAAAGGUCUCUUCUGGGGAGCCUGUUCUAAGUUCCACAAACAGAUCAGUAGAAGUAGCAAGCACCUGCAAUGGAGAUGCAACGAGGAAUCGAGCUACUUCACCAAUUGCCACGUUUAGAAGAAAGCGAGGCUCUGUUUCCAAAGCUGUUGACCACUGUCCAACGAGUCCUAAGUGUGCAGACCGGGAGAGGAGAUCUAGAACGGAGACAGUAGAGACCAGAGGUGCUGAUGGUCCAGAAUUACCUGACAUCCAGUGUAAGAAGACUGUCACCUCCCAUCCCGAGGGUUUAGGUAACAACACUCCAUCAGACGAUAUUUCAGUUGUAAGAUUUACAACAGACGGAGCAACACCAAGUGGGGCGCAACCUGAUCCUCACAUUGGAGGCUCUUCCAACAUAGCUGGUUCCCAACAAAACCUGCCGCUCCUUCAGACUGAACGUCCAAGCAAUUCUUAUCUCCAGGAUCAGAACAUUAGACCCAUGCAGCACACGUAUCUAUCAAGUGCGACCGAGGAGGAGGAUUGUAAACCACUUUGGCAGAUGGAACAGCUCCAGCUAGCUCUUCCGUUUACUCCUGGGGAGAAUGGCGUCUUCCUGGUCAUAAAAAAGGAGGAAGGGGUAGAUAUUGAUCAGUCUGCUCAGUGUUCUGCAGGGAAAGAUGUCAUUCUUAGUGGAGCAGAACUUAUUAGACAGAACAGUCAGCUGGCCAUCAUCAACAAACGCCUAGAUGCAGCAGGAGGUCUUAGGAGUUGGCUCUUGGACAAGGGUUUGGGACAAUUUGUGCCCAUUUUCGACGACAACAAGAUUGACAGCCUGACUCUGCUACACAUAACUAUGACAGGACUCAAGGAAAUGGGAAUGGUUCCAGUAGGACCCCGGCGAAAGUUUAUGCAUGCUCUCAAUUGCUUAACUGGUCGUACUCCAUUAACUUCUGUCGGAGGUUUGCUCCUGAGGUAGAUAGAGAUUCCUCGUUAAGCCAUUUCGUAUUCUGACUUGCAACAGAUGGAGAUAUGAUAAGCCUGGAACAAGGGUUAUCAUAUUUGGUUCCUUACACUAAGUAAUCGCUUUAGAUACACAAACUUUUGGGUAGAGAGGACACUACCCCUGCCUUCAGAGUUUCAAGUCAGGUUGUAAGAAUUCAGAGCAGUAUUGUUUUCCAUUGGCGAGCUCUUUCCAGACAGAGCCUCCAUGAGAAUUGUCAUAUUUGCAAUGGUUUGCACCAAGUUUUGGUGGAGUCACAGUUCUCGUCUCCAAGACGAGUAGGAAUACUACACUGAUAGAGUUUAGAAUCAUACAAGCAGUCUGCAGAUUUGUUCCAAUUAUCCAAUCCUUGAAAAGUAUUUUAUUCAUCUUCACAGAAUACAUUUCUUAAUUUAUCACAGUUAACUCAGCUCUAUGUUUUACUUUCUCCAGUUGGACCCGC